UAAAAAUAUUUUUAUUCGGGUAAAUUAUACACAACAUAACGUUUAUCAUUUUAGUCAUAUUUAAGUGUACAGUUCAGUAGCAUUAAGUGCAUUAAUAUUGUUGUGCAAUGAUCACCAUCAUUUGUCUCUAGAACUUUUUCAUCUUCCCAAACAGAAACACUGUACCCAUUAAACAAUAGCUCCCAGUAGACCCCUUCCCCUGGCAACUACCAUUCAACUUUCUGUCUCUGUAAGUUCGACUACUCUAGCUUUCUCAUGUAAUUGGAAUCAUAAAAUAUUUGUCCUUUUGUGUCUGGCUUAUUUCAAUCAGCCUUAUGUCCUCAAGGUUAAUCCAUGUUGUAACAUGUAUGAGAAUUUCAAUCCUUUUUAAGACUGAGUAAUAUUCCACCACAAUUUAUUUAUCCAUUCACCUGUCCAUGAACAUUUGGGUUGUUUUUACCUUUUGGUUAUUGAAGGUAAUGCUGCUGUUAACAUUAGCAUACAAAAAUAGUCUUUUAAACACAUUGUUAACCACUACAUAUACAAACAUUGAAAUUGGGAACACUGGUACCAAUUACUGACACUUAAAUUACGAAUCAGCUUUACCUAUACUAUAUAGAGAAGUUCUGUGCUCUGAAUAUUUCUCUCAAGACCUCAAAAGUCAUCCUUGUGCACCCAAUCAGAUAUUUUUUCAAAAUAUGAUAGAAACAUGUUCAACCAAUAGCCACAAAAGUAGUAGCCUCAGGAGACUCAUUCUCGCAGUGAAUUGGGCAUGCACCAAAUUCCAGGCAACAUGAGGAGACAUUGUGGAAGAUGCUCUCCUUCUUUUAAGCCAAAGAGACCUCAAUAAUUGUGGCAUAUUAUAAAUUAGUGCCUUAUUCCUCUACAAUUUUUUUCAGAGAGGUCAGGAAUGGCUGAAGAAAAUCAUACCAUGAAAAAUGAGUUUAUCCUCACAGGAUUUACAGAUCACCCUGAGCUGAAGACUCUGCUGUUUGUGGUGUUCUUUGCCAUCUAUCUGAUCACCGUGGUGGGGAAUAUUAGUUUGGUGGCACUGAUAUUUACACACUGUCGGCUUCACACACCAAUGUACAUCUUUCUGGGAAAUCUGGCUCUUGUGGAUUCUUGCUGUGCCUGUGCUAUUACCCCCAAAAUGUUAGAGAACUUCUUUUCUGAGGGCAAAAGGAUUUCCCUCUAUGAAUGUGCAGUACAGUUUUAUUUUCUUUGCACUGUGGAAACUGCAGACUGCUUUCUUCUGGCAGCAAUGGCCUAUGACCGCUAUGUGGCCAUCUGCAACCCACUGCAGUACCACAUCAUGAUGUCCAAGAAACUCUGCAUUCAGAUGAUCACAGGCGCCUUCAUAGCUGGAAAUCUGCAUUCCAUGAUUCAUGUAGGGCUUGUAUUUAGGUUAGUUUUCUGUGGAUCGAAUCACAUCAACCACUUUUACUGUGAUAUUCUUCCCUUGUAUAGACUCUCCUGUGUUGACCCUUUCAUCAAUGAACUGGUUCUAUUCAUCUUCUCAGGUUCGGUUCAAGUCUUUACCAUAGGUAGUGUCUUAAUAUCUUAUCUCUAUAUUCUUCUUACUAUUUUCAGAAUGAAAUCCAAGGAGGGAAGGGCCAAAGCCUUUUCUACUUGCGCAUCCCAUUUUUCAUCAGUUUCAUUAUUCUAUGGAUCUAUUUUUUUCCUAUACCUGAGACCAAAUUUGCUUGAAGAAGGAGGUAAUGAUAUACCAGCUGCUAUUUUAUUUACAAUAGUAGUUCCCUUACUAAAUCCUUUCAUUUAUAGUCUGAGAAACAAGGAAGUAAUAAGUGUCUUAAGAAAAAUUCUGCUGAAAAUAAAAUCUCAAGAAAGUGUGAACAAAUGACAUCUAUCCUAGCUUAAUGGUUUAAUGCUCA